CAUCGAUCUGGUUUACUCAUUUGCGUGUCUCGCCCGUUGCUUGGUCAAUAAGCUUAAUGCUCAUGGGAGUGUCGGUUUGAUCUUCACGACAAUUUAGUCCCUCGUGAAUCACUUCCAUUUUGACACGUGUCUGUCAGUCUAGUCGGAUUUCUUCGGGUAAUAUCCCCCCCUUGAACCCCUUGAAGCAUGUCUGCUAACGACGCCCCUCAAGUUGAGGCACCCUCGCAGGAACGGGAACGAUUGGUGAGACCCAACCGUGUCCCAAUCAAAAUUAUCAGUACUUUGAGCACGCAUAAAGGAUCUGAAGUGUUCCAAGUCCAUCGAGAGCAAAGAGUUGGCAACGUACUCUUGGCCUAUCUUCAGGGCAAGAACUUUCCCGAAGGAAACGCCUACUGUCUUCGUGACGAGGAUGGUCUGCUCUUGUGGAACUCCUACCCGAUUGGGGAUCUCGUCAGCUCUAACGAUCCCAUCGUUUUGUAUGUGUGCAUGGCUCCCAACGGCGAAAAGAACAUACCUCGCAUGUGUCUGUACGUGAUUGUGGUUUGGGCCCUGAUGCUCUUCACCUUCAUUUUCUUCUUGAACAUCUUUGCCCCGAGCAUUCUCAGUCGAUCCUCGACUGACCCGGCCCCUCUUCACGCUGCUUCCAUUGCCAAUCGUUAUGAAGUGGUGGUGGAUGCCGGGUCGGUGCAUACGGAUGUGUCGCUGUACGAGUGGGGUGCCAAGAUCAAUGACACCGGGGUGGUCCAAGAGAUCUUCUCGUGUGAAACAGCCGCUGGUCAAGGAGUGUCCUCAUUCGUUCAGAAACCGGAGGCUGUUCAAGACUACUUGCUCAACUCAUCUUGCUUGUUGGACGCCAUCAGUCGAGUGCCCGAGGAUCAGAAGGGCUCCACGGAUAUCUUCCUCGGGACCACGGCUGGCAUGAGGAUCUUAAACGCUACGAAUCCCAUUGCGGCUCAACAGAUUAUCGGGAACAUUUCCUUGGCUUUGAACAAGACCAAGCUACACUACACAAAACCCAAUGCCUUGAUCCUCUCGGGUGACGCGGAAGGAGUGAUGGGUUGGAUCAGCUCCAAUUACCUCAGUCACAAGUUUGCUGUCUCUCCCAAUGCAUCGGACUCGGACAUUUCUGAUCAAGAGCCCAUGGGAGCUUUGGAUUGGGGUGGGGCCUCGGCUCAAAUCACGUUCAUCCCCCGAGACUCCAGUCAAGGUAAUCGUGUCGUGAACUUGUUCAAAAAGCAGUACAACGUCUUCACCAAGAGUAACCUGUGUUAUGGACAAGCCGAGGGCCUCAAACGAUAUCUUGUCGGACUGAUCUUCAAGCAAUAUCAAACUAACGGUCGGAUCGAAUUCAAUCUCCAAUCGCCCUGUCACCCCAAGGGUAAAAAGACGUACAAAACCGAUGCCAAAGCUCUUCUCGAAAGUCCUUGUGCGCGAUACAAGGACGGCGAAUUCCAGAAAAUGCUCGAUGGUGUCUCGGGUAAUAGCACCUUCACGUUCAUCGGACAAAGUGAUCCUGCUCGAUGCAAGCAAGAAAUUCGCCCUCAAUUCCACUUGUCACGAUGUCGAUCAACAUAUGAGCAAGGUCAUUGUCUCAAUUCAUCCAGUAUUCCCAAACCUCAGGAUGAUGCCAAGUUUUUGGCCUUCUCCACCUAUUGGUACCUAUUGCACGCCUUGCAAGAAAACCACACCCAAGUGGGGGAGGCCCAUUUCGAAGGUAUGUCUGAGAAACUCUGCUCAUCGUCUUAUGGGUUCACCUCCUUCAUGAGUAAAUACGGUGCCGACUACCGUCACAAUUCGUGCUUCAAGAGCGUCUUCAUGGACCUGCUGCUCAGUGAAGGUUACAAGAAGGACGAUUGGGUGAACAUCUCGUUUGUGAAACGCGUUUCGGAUGCCGAGGUGGGCUGGACCUUGGGCUACAUGCUUCAAAAGACCAAUCAAAUACCCGAUCGGGUCCUUUACGUCAUGGAGCAACGGACCGUUUUCUUAAUCACUCUCUUUGCGACUUCCUUUUAUGCUGCUAUUAUUUACAUGCUUUGGUACAUUUGUACUUACUCCGGCAACGACAAGAUGGUACAAAGGUGAUUUUGUGUGCUGUGUAAUUUAUGUCCUACCACCUGUCCUAGUCCUUGUGUCAGUGAUGUUUUUAUAUUGUCAGAAAUUGAAAUGAAAUUUUUAAGUUCGCA